AGGUCCGACCUCCCAUGUGUCUGUCGAAACUCCAGACUGUCCCUCUCUAUCUCUGUGUUAGUCCUAUCCGGCCCAGGUCCGCUGGUCGUCGUCUUCUACCUCUGAACUGUUGCUUCGGACUCUCCCAUUCUUUAUUUUCAAGUACAAAGAAUAUUUUAUCCCUUUCCAGAUCCAAACGGUUUUCUCAAGAAACCAAAAACCGAAAAAAAGAAUAGAAAAGAAACAGGUCAGCAAAGCCCCACCCACCUGAAAAAACUUUUUGAAUUUCUUCUCAAAACCUUGAAGCAACAACAACUAUGGAGACAUAUCCCUCUUCAAAGUAAGCUCCUCCUAAAAUUUCGUAUUUGUUUUCGAAACACAGAGAACGACGUCGACGUCUUUGUCUUGUUUUUGUUACUCUUUUACUCUCUCCCUUUCUCUAUCUUUCUUCCCCUCUCACGACUCACGAGGUAAUUUGUUUUUCGAGAACAUUCUUAAUCUGCUCUCCCUACCUGCCUGCCUACGCUCCGUUAACCUCGUAAAAUACGCUUCGCACUAGGGAAACUAGCUUACCGUUCUGGAUGAUUUAGCCAAAUGCGCUUUUGGAGCUUGUUUCUGUAAGUGUUUUUUGGGAAAAACAACAACAACGAGGAAACGGUUUCCUUAUUUGGCAACGUUUCCACGUCGCAAUUCCAGCUUAUCAUUCUUUGGACCACGCUUCUAAUACUCUGAUCGGAAUUAGGGCUUUUCCAGGCUCUUGUCUACGACAAUGCAGGGUUCGAAUUCGUACAGGAGUGGUGGAAUUUGAGCUUGUGAGAGCCAAAUUCGGAUUUGAAUUUGUGAAAAUUUCCGGGGUCAAGAGGGAAAGUGAUGAUAUCAACGACGACGAUGUUGGCGCGGAGCUCGCUGGAGGAGAUGCUGGACUCACUUCGCCGGAGAGACGAGUGUGACAAGCCCAAGGACUUGCCGCCGGCACUUCCGGCUCGGCCGACGUCGAGGGCUCGGCUACCGUCAGCGCGCCGCUCUUUACCGACUAACUUCGAGGUCGGCGAUGGUGGUGCGCCGAGUGAAUGUAAUGGAAAAGAAGAGGGAAAGAGGAAAGAAAUCGAUUUGGGGUUGAAGAGAGGCAAUUUCGGGAGCAAGAAGCUGAGGAAAGAUCAGAAUACGGAGUCGCCAUAUUCUGUGGAGACGGAGGGUAAAAAUGAGCUAACCAAGGGUUUGGAUUCGGAUCGUGGGUCUGCCACGCCGCUGAAGAUGAGAGAAUUGGAUUGGGACGACAACAUCGAUUAUUUCAUCAGAAAGAAACUCCGUGUUUGGUGUUGGCUAACAAAGUGGGAGUCUGGAACAAUACAAUCAACUUCAAGGGAGGAAGCACUUGUUUCACUCUCUUGUGGAAAUGUUAUGAAGAUUCCCAGAGGAGAGCUCUUACCAGCUAACCCAGAUGUAUUAGAUGGUGCUGAUGAUCUUAUACAGCUUAGUUAUUUGAAUGAGCCAUCAGUUCUUCACAAUCUUCGGUAUAGAUAUAUACUGGAUAAAAUUUAUAGUAAAGCAGGUCCAGUUUUAAUAGCAGUUAAUCCCUUCAAAGAUGUAGAGAUAUAUGGAAAAGAUUUUGUCACAGCUUAUAGGCAGAAACUUAUGGACAGCCCUCAUGUUUAUGCCAUUUCAGACGCUGCUUAUAAUGAAAUGAUGAGAGAUGGAGUAAAUCAGUCCAUAAUCAUAAGUGGGGAAAGUGGAGCUGGGAAAACUGAGACAGCUAAAAUUGCAAUGCAAUAUUUGACCGCUCUAGGUGGUGGUGGUGGGAGGUUUGGGAUAGAAUAUCAAAUCCUUCAGACCAAUUAUAUACUGGAAGCAUUUGGGAAUGCGAAAACAUCUAGGAAUGAUAACUCUAGCCGAUUUGGAAAGUUGAUUGAAAUUCAUUUUAGUUCUCUGGGGAAGAUAUGUGGUGCUAAAAUCCAAACCAUUCUGUUAGAAAAGUCAAGAGUGGUUCAACUGGUCAACGGUGAAAGGUCAUACCACAUAUUUUAUCAACUUUGUGCUGGUGCUUCAUCAGUUCUUAGAGAGAGGCUGAACCUAAGAAUCGCUAGUGAGUUCAAGUAUCUUAAUCAGAGUGAUUGCUUGGCAAUUCAUGGUGUUGAUGAUGCUCAGAAAUUUCAUACGUUCAUGGAAGCCCUAGACAUUGUUCGAAUUUGCAAAGAAGAUCAAGAGCGCACAUUUGCAUUGCUUGCUGCAGUACUAUGGUUGGGGAACAUAUCAUUUCAAGUAAUUGACAAUGGGAAUUAUGUAGAGGUGUUAGUUGAUGAAGCUGUAACCAAUGCUGCCAGGCUGAUGGGUUGCACUUCCCAGGAACUAAUGCUAGUUUUAUCUACCCAUAGAAUCCAAGCUGGGAAGGACACUAUUGCAAAAGGAUUGACAUUGCAGCAGGCAAUUGACACAAGAGAUGCCUUGGCAAAAUUUAUAUAUGCGAGCAUGUUUGACUGGGUUGUAGAGCAAAUCAAUAAGUCACUCCAAGGGGGCAAACAACAUACUGGGAGAUCCAUAAGCAUCCUUGAUAUAUAUGGAUUUGAGUCUUUUCAGAGGAAUGGCUUCGAACAAUUUUGUAUAAAUUAUGCUAAUGAGAGGCUACAACAACAUUUCAACCGCCAUCUUUUUAAACUUGAGCAGGAGGACUAUGAAUUGGAUGGGAUUGAUUGGACAAAGGUUGAAUUUGAAGACAAUCAGAAGUGCUUGGAUGUCUUUGAGAAGAAACCUUUAGGUCUGAUGUCAUUGUUGGAUGAGGAAUCGAAUUUGCCAAAGGCCACUGAUCUGACAUUCACCAGUAAGCUUAAACAGCACUUAAAUUCAAAUUCUUGCUUUAGAGGAGAAAGAGGCAGAGCUUUCCGAAUACGUCACUAUGCUGGAGAGGUUCUCUAUGAUACAAAUGGCUUCCUGGAAAAGAACAGAGACCUGCUCCACCCCGAUUCCAUUCAACUCCUCUCAUCAUGCAGUUGUCAACCAUUACAGUUAUUUGCCUCCAAAGUGCUUGACCAAUCCCUGAAAUCAGCAAACCAUUUGGCCCAAACAGCAUUGGCAUCCCCAAAUCAGAGUGUUUGUACAAAGUUUAAGGGUCAACUAUUCAAACUAAUGCAACAAAUGGAGAACACCACGCCUCACUUCAUUCGCUGCAUAAAGCCAAAUAGCAAGCAGCUUCCUGGAAUAUAUGAAGAGGACUUUGUCUUACAACAGCUCAUGUGUUGUGGAGUUUUGGAAGUUGUUAGGAUUUCAAAAUUGGGAUAUCCUACUAGAAUGACACAUCAAGAGUUUGCAGGAAGGUAUGGGUUCCUACUUUCCGAUACAAAUGUAUCUCACGAUCCAUUAAGCAUAUCAGUUGCAGUUCUAAAGCAAUUUGAUGUCCACCCUGAAAUGUACCAAGUUGGUUAUACCAAAUUGUAUCUCAGAACAGGGCAGGUCGGUGUGUUGGAGAAUAGGAGGAAUCGAGUUCUGCAAGGUAUACUUGGUGUUCAGAAAUGCUUCCGUGGUCACCAGGCUCGCCGUUUCUUCCAUGAAGUCAAGGGGGUGAUAACAUUACAAUCAUUUGUUCGUGGUGAAAAUACUAGAAGGAAGUAUAAUAUUAUGGUGAGGUGCUGGACCGUUGGUGUUCCAAAAACCCUUAAUGAGCUGCAAGCUGCUUUGUAUUUGCAAUCUGUAAUCCGUGGAUGGCUUGUUCGAAGGCAUGUCAAUGGCAUGCGUAAAUUGAAGAAGUUACAUGCUGAGAACUCAAAAUCCAAGCAGAAGCGAAGCAGGAGGAUUUCUGAAAUGAAGGAGAUACCACCAGAGCAGGUUCAGGCUCUGCCUUCAGUUUUGGCUGAGCUUCAAAUGCGGGUACUUAAAGCAGAAGCAGCUCUGGAACAGAAGGAAGAGGAAAAUACUGCACUGCGAGAGCAACUACAGCAGAAUGAGACGAGAUGGUCAGAAUAUGAGGCAAAGAUGAAAUCAAUGGAGGAGCUGUGGCAAAAGCAGAUGGCUUCUUUGCAAAUGAGUCUUGCCACAGCUAGAAAGACCCUAGUUGCAGACAAUGGUUCAGGUCAACUUGGAAAACUUGAUGUUUCUUCAAUUCCUCACUAUUAUGACUCGGAUAACACAUCCAUGGGAUCUCGAACUCCUGGUGGAAGUACACCUAUAAAAUUGUCUGGUACCACUCAUGAUGUUGGAGUAGGGCGAGACACCAAUGGUACUUUGAGUGCAGUGAGCAAUCUGGUAAAGGAGUUUGAGCUGCGUAGACAGACUUUUGAUGAGGAUGCCAGAGCUCUGGUAGAGAUCAAAUCAGGGCAGUCGGCUUCCAUCGUAAAUCCCGAUGAUGAACUUCGGAAACUCAAGCUUGGUUUUGAAGUAUGGAAAAAAGAAUACAAAAUUAAGUUACGGGAGACGAAGGUAAAGCUUCAUAGAUUGGGGCAUUCAGAAGGUCGUCGGACAUGGUGGGGGAAACGAAGCUCAAGAGCAUCAUAGCCUGGACAGAUAAAUAUAGUGACAGAAUGAUGGAGAAAGAAAUGCUGCCAAGAUUCUGCCUCGUUGCUUUUUCUGGAGCCGGUUUCUGUUUAUAUAUGGUGAUAGAUAUGGGUGUUAUCAGUAGUGUGAGGCAGAGAAGGAGAUAAAUUGUAUAUCUUCCAAUUUUUGUUACCUGGUAGAAGUGUUCAUACACUUAUGCAUAGCCAACUAGGGAUUUGUUGAGGGACUGCAAACACUUCAUAAAUAUAGUUUAGUGUAUUUGUCUAUAAUCCGUUGUCAUGAUGUAAUUUCAGAAUGUCUAGUUCUUAGAACUGAAAACAUGGAAGGAAAAGUGUUCAUAUGGCCCAUCCUUGUGUAUCAAGUGCUCGUGGCACACUAUUUGGUCAUAA